ACAUGAGCUUUUUCCCAGAUGAGAAAUUCGAUGCUGUCGUUGAUAAAGGGACACUUGAUGCAUUGAUGUGUGGCACUGAUGCUUCGAUUAGCGCUACUCAAAUGCUGGGAGAAGUGAGUAGGCUUCUUAAACCUGGAGGAGUCUAUUUACUGAUCACGUAUGGGGACCCGAAAGCUAGGAUGCCCUAUUUGAUGCGACCUUCGUACAAUUGGAAGAUAGCGUUGUUUAUAAUCCUCAACUUCUGAAGAUAGAAGUCCAAUAUUAUUAGAUUUACAAGAACUCACUCCCCGAGUGUCACACCUGUUGAAAGCUCUGAACAUGAACUAUGAAGGGCCUUUGUUUCAAGUUGGAAACUAAUUGAUUGAUACGAUCUCUUUGCUUACCUUUGAAUCUGUAACAGUUUAAGUCCACUACUAGCGGAUAUUAUAUUUUUUUGGACUUUC